GAAGCCAUGGCUGCCGGUGCUACAGGAGAAAGGUCUUUCCAAGAGACACCUACAUGGGCUGUUGCGGUUGUAUGUGUUGUGUUUGUGAUUAUAUCUUUAUUAAUCGAACAUGGAAUUCAUUCUCUUGGAAAGUGGUUUCGGAAACGCCGGAACAAGGCCUUGAUUGAAGCUUUGGAGAAAAUUAAAGCUGAGUUAAUGCUAUUAGGUUUCAUAUCCCUACUGCUUACAGUGGCUACAACCUAUAUCACAAGGAUAUGCAUACCUUCAAAACUUGGCAACACUAUGCUUCCAUGUAGAAUUGAUGCUACUAAGAAGGAUCAGGGAGGUGCUGGCAGGAGAAAAUUACUUUCAAAUGAUGAAAAUGUAAUGUGGCGCAGAGUAUUGGCAGGGUCUGGUGGAGAUGAUUUUUGCACAAAAAAUGGUAAAGUGCCAUUGAUUUCACAAAUAGCAGUGCACCAACUGCAUAUAUUAAUCUUCGUCCUUGCAGUUUUUCAUAUCCUCUACAGCGUCAUUACCAUGGCAUUGGGGCAAGCUAAAAUGAUGAAAUGGAAAGCUUGGGAAUCGGAAACUGAAUCCUUGGAAUAUCAAUUCACGAACGAUCCAGCACGAUUUAGGUUCACUCAUCAAACAUCCUUUGUGAGGCGUCAUUCUGGCUUGUCAAGAAUACCUGGGAUCAAAUGGAUUGUAUCAUUCUGCAGGCAAUUUUUUGGCUCGCUGUCAAAGGUGGACUAUUUGACAAUACGCCAUGGUUUUAUCAGUGCACAUUUUGCCCGCAAAUUUAAUUUCCUCAAGUAUAUUAAAAGAUCAUUGGAAGAUGAUUUUAAAGUUGUCGUGGGUAUCAGUAUUCCAUUAUGGAUGUUUGCAGUUAUUUUUUUGCUUCUCAAUGUUUACAAAUGGUACUCGCUCACCUGGUUGGCCUUAGCACCACUAAUUAUAAUUCUAUUAGUAGGCACAAAGCUUGAACUUAUUAUCAUGGAGAUGGCUCAAGAAAUUCAAGAUCGAACUGCAUUUGUUAAGGGUGCUCCAGUGGUAGAGCCAAGCAACAAGUAUUUUUAGUUUAAUAGACCCCAAUGGAUUCUCUAUUUGAUACAUUUUACCGAGUUCCAGAAUGCUUUCCAAAUGGCAUAUUUUCUGUGGACGUGGUAUGAGUUCAAGAUCACAUCAUGCUUCCACGAAAACUUGCUGUUAUUAUUGAUAAGAGUUUCCCUUGGUGUAGCCCUUCAAUUCCUAUGCAGCUAUAGCACUUUUCCUCUCUACGCCUUGGUGACACAAAUGGGUUCUCACAUGAAGCAAGCUAUCUUUGAGGAGCAAACAGCAAAAGCACUUAAGAAAUGGCAUAAGGCUGUAAAGGAUAAGAAAAAAUUGAGGAAAGGUGGAGUAGAUAGUUCUUCAGGAUUUAUGAGUGGGGAAAACACACCAAGCCGAGGGACAUCACCCAUUCACUUGCUUCACAAGCACCAGUCCAAUAAAUCAGAUUUUGAAGCUGAUCUUUAUUCCCCAAAAUCUUACCAAUCCGAUACUGACCUUCCGGAGAUUGAGGGUUCCACUACUAAUAGCGCUUUCCAAGCUAUCGGUCACGCCAUAAGGGCUGGUAGUCCGAGGUUGGCUAGAAUUGACGUGUCCCGGGACGGGUUCUUAGCCGAACACGAUCUGCCACCAGUUGUGUUGCCCGGUGUUAGAGAUCCCUACCUGGCCGAGCAGCUACCUCCGCCGAACGAGCCUGGUGUUGCCGUUCAUGCUGAAGAGGAGGCUGAAUCAUCUCGUCUUUCCCUUGAGGACGAAAUAGACGAGUUUCACUUUGAGGAGGAAGUUCAGCAGACCCCCUUGGUGGAACUUUCCGAUCCUGAAGGAGAGCGGGAUCGACAUUCUGCAGUAGGUGCCCCUCCCAUUGUUAUCUGCUCGGACGAUACUUCGGACGAAGAGACACAGCCAAUGGCAGGAAAGGGAAAAUCCCUGAAGGAACUGAUGGCCUCCCGAGGGAAAGGUCAGUCAUCGAAAGGACCCUCCCCUUCAAAAGCCAAAGCCCUUCCUCCUGUGGUCCCUCAGGGCGUUUCCGAGCCUGGCCUUAAGGUUAAUCCGGAUUUGAAGAAAAGGUCGGUUGACAUCCCCGAGGAGGGUGAGGUGGUUGCUCAGCCGACCAAACAGCAAAAGACCACCCGUGCCCCAAGGAGCAGACGGGGCAGCUCCUCGGAAAGGCGGGACGAGGAGGACACUGCUGAGGUGCGCGCCACUCCGCGCACAUGGAGCCCCAAGUUGGAGCUGGAUGGGGUUGCCAUCCCCUAUAACACCUCGGUCCGUGAGUACAACCGAGGCCGGGCUGGUUACGUGGCCGAGGCCCUAGAGCAGCCCCUGCUCCUUCCUCGAGAUAUGGAAGCUUAUAGGCGAUUCUCUCAACCUGAGCUCUUCCUAUCCCUCAAAAGGGAUCUUGCGAUGAUUACCCAGCAGGUAUUUGUGGCUGAGGAAUUUUGUCGCGGUAAUAGCAACAGGGUUGAGGUCGAGAACCAAGCUCGGGCGGAGGUGGAGAAAGCCUUGGGGUCCCUCAAGCAUGAUCACGCCGAGCUCAUGAAUAAGUUCAAGGACUCGGAGAACUAG